AUGUCGAUCAGCGCCUAUAUUCUUCGGGGCAUAAGCUCCUUCGUGGUCGUAACCCUCUCCCUCUUCGCGCUAGGCCAAAAGGUGCCCCGCGCAGCCUUCGCCGCACGCUGCCUAGCAGCCUACGGCUCCCUCCUCCUCUGCGCAACAUACGGCGUCCUAGCCUCAAUAUUCCUUCGUCUAAUCGGCUACGGCCGCAUCUCGCAAUAUGCUACAGCCCGCUCUUUCAAAUGGGUCAUGCGCCUUACAACAGGUGUAACAUUCGACAUCAUCUCUGGCCAAGAACACCUCACCACCCGACCCGCGGUCUUCAUCGGAAACCACCAAACAGAACUAGACGUCCUCAUGCUAGGCGCCAUCUUCCCUCCCUACUGCAGCGUGACGGCCAAGAAGUCACUGCGCAACAUCCCCGUUUUAGGCUGGUUCAUGGCAUUGUCCCGCACGGUCUUCAUCGACCGCGGUAAUCGCGAGACAGCCAUGAAAGCCUUCGACGGCGCAGUCGACGAGAUGCGCGUUCACCGACAGAGCGUUUUUAUUUUCCCUGAGGGCACACGCUCGUAUUCGGAUGAGCCGACUCUGUUGCCUUUCAAGAAGGGCGCGUUCCAUUUGGCUGUCAAGGCGGGCGUGCCUAUUGUUCCCGUCGUCGCGGAGAAUUAUUCGCAUGUGAUGUCCCCGCGGAAUCUGCGGUUUAAUGCGGGGAGUAUUAAGGUUCGGGUUCUGCCUCCCAUCGAGACUAAGAAUCUUACCCCCGCCGACGUGGAUCGUCUGACUACUUCCACCCGCGAGGACAUGCUGAAGACUAUCCUUGAAUUCGCCGAGACUUCCAAGGUUGAGACUUCUCGUGCGAACGGUGUCUCUACUGCCAUUGAGAUUUGA